ACGGGGCCGGUCCCCCUGUGACUGUACAAAUCAAAAUACCCCCGCCUCCUACCCCUUACAGUUUCCAUCGGGAGGGAAAUACAACCGAGGCCUGCAUUAUGUCUGCGACCCCGGCCUCAAGUAGUUCGAACCCUCGAAAGUUCAGCGAGAAGAUCGCCUUGCAUAACCAGAAACAGGCCGAGGAGACACGGGCCUUCGAUGAGCUCAUGUCUGACCUAACUAUGUCCAGGGUUCAAUUCCAAAAACUUCAGCAGCUGUGAUUGGCACAGUCCCGGGCUUAGUAUUAUGGUGGCUCCUUGCCUAAUGUAAACCAGAUCAGCAGCAACCCGUCUGAUUUCCAGCCGUCUUUACACCACACUGAUAGCAGCCGAGGAAUGCGCCACCAUGGGUUGGUAGAGCGAGUUUCCCGUAAUCGGCUACACUCUCCUCAUCACAGACCUGUAGAGAAACAUGGACGCCAAUGUGACAGCUCUCCGUAUGCACCUGUUUAUCUCUCGCCCCCACCUGACAAUAGCUGGAGAAGAACAAAUUCUGACUCCGCCCUUCACACCAGCACCUCAAGUAAUAAAUCACAAGAUCCAUUUGGAGCAAACCAGUCUAUGUUGAGGGUUCCCAGGCCACCUCAAAGAAACACAAGUUUACAGGAUGGUGAAGCUGACGGCUUUAGUGAAGUUUUCUCUUUCCCAAAUUCCUUGAAUGAAGAGUCUAUGUUGAAUUUAAAUAAGCCACUGCCCAAACAGCUAUGGGAAGCAAAGAAGGUCCAGUCCUUGACAUCUCGUCCCAGGUCCUGUGAAGUGCCCGGUAUUAAAGUUUUUCCAUCUGCUGAUCAGUCUACAAGUCUAUCACAUUUCCAAGGAAAUCUAAAUACAGGUGGAUCACUGCCAGAUUUAACCAACCUGCAUUUCCCAUUCCCUUUGCCAACUCCUUUGGAUCCAGAUGAUACAGCGUAUGGCAACCUUAGCUCAGAGAACAGUACAGGUGGUCUUCCUGCGGCCAUGACUCAUCUAGGCAUUAGUGGUUCCCCGGGUAUGCAAAACACACACAGUAACCCUUCCAUCCAUUCAUCGUUGAACAACAGUCCUCUUACUCCUACUAUGAACAACCAUGGGCCUCAUUCUGGUUGCAGCAAUCCUGCCCUUCACUCAUCCCUUCGCCUGGCUUCCCUCAGUAACCCUUCUCUUCCUACUUCUGCUAUGGGAAAUUCCCCAAGAAGAAGACACACUCCUGUUAGCCCUUUGACUCUCACUCCCAGCAGUGAGUCCAGCAGGAGUGGACAAUUCUCUCCAACAAACCCAUUAAAUAUGCAGCCACAUUCACAGGGUAUCAACAUGGACAGGCAUCCUCUUUCUCUUCCUCCCUUGGAGCCUCCCCCUCCAUGUCCAUUAUAUCAAGAACAGUCCCAGCAUCCACUUCAUCAUUCACAGCAGCAAGUGCAUGAAUCUCCUGAGUCACAAAGCUACCAGCCUCCAUCACCAGUACCCUGCCCACCUCUGGACUUGAACUUGACUAAUAGUGCUCUAAGUGGCUUAUUUGCAGAUUCUUUCUUCGAUCAGCAGCAGCCUACAAGGCAGGGGAAGUAUUUAUGGCAGCAGGAACAAUAUGAUAUGUUUGGAAGUCCAAGCAGCUCCCUUCCAAAUAGCAAUGCCUUCUUCGAUCCUAACAUGAAUCUUCAGUACUCUCAAGCAUCACUAAUGGGAUUAGGAGGCAGCCACGGAAAUUUACAGGAUCCUUUCCAGCUGCGACCAAAUUAUUUGUACUCCAAUUGUGGAGGAAGUGUCCCAAACAUUAUCCUGACAGAUGACUCGAGCAACAGCUUAUCAAAGGACAUUAGCAAUGCAGUUGCUGGAGUUUCUGAGAUGGGUUUUGAUGCAGAUAAUACAUUUCAGUUGGAUGAUGACCUGAAAAUUGGACCUCUCAGCCUGGAAGGACUCAGCAUGCUUAGGGAUCCAGACAUGGUCCUGCCUGACCCUUCAAUAGAAGACAGUUUUAGGUCUGACAAGCUGUGAUCAAUUCUUUAAACUGAAUAUAGACUUUUAAAGCCUACCUUUAGCGACAAAAGAAAACAUUUUGGAAACACAACAAAAAUAAGAUUCUCCUUUC